AUGGCGGAACUGCAGCCUACUGUCGAGGACUGCUACUCGGAUGACAGCGAAGGCGGCUCUAUCCCCUUCCAGGGCCGCCGGUCGCCCAAUGCCGCUAACGUCUCCACCAAGCGCUCGCACCCUUCCGACUUGGAUAAACAAAUGCCGCCCGCGCAGGAGAGGGCGCCGACCAACAUCGACCUUCGCUCCGACUCAGGGUACAGCAGCUACACCACCGCCACCGUCAGCAGCACUAAUUCCGCUCAAAGUGCUCCUCCCCAGCGCAGCCCGCCCCAGGUGCCCGCCGCCGCUGCCCCAGCGCCUCCCCAGCCUGAAGCUCCAAAGGCCCGACGACGCCCGACGGAUACGACCGAGAAGACUUCCAAGUCCUCUUCGCGACCCAAGCCCUCUCGCACCGCUUCGUCUGCCUCCAAGCCUCCUGCUGUUGUCCAACAUCAGCCACCGGAACGUAAACGCAGGCCGACCGUUACCCAGGAGUCCCGCCCGGAGCGCAGAGAUCGUCGUGACAGCAGAGUUGAACCGGAUGGUGCCGAGCCUAGACGCACCAAGUACGACCCCAACGCCCCUGCCUCAGCUGUCCGUCGUCGCCCUGACAUACUGCCAUCGCAAUCCGCUCGCGACGUGCGUCCCAUUCCACAAGACACACGCUCAAUGCAUUCUGAUCCCGCUUCCUAUCAGCAGGCUCCGCCCUCCCCUACGCACUAUCGCCAGUCCUACCACGCAGGAGCCGCCGUCAUCCAGCCAGCCACAACACGUCCUCGUCGCCCGUCGGCCGCUACUCGACCCAUGAGCUACAGCGGUGAGCCUGGGGCACAGUACCACCACUGGGCCCAUGGUGCGCCUGGAUACCCCCCUCCACACCAAGAGCAUGGUCCGCCUCUUUCCCAAUCUGCUCAAUUCCGGCAACCUUACCCCCAGAUGGCUCAUCCAUCCAUGCCCUAUGGGACGUCGUCUGGCUACCCCCCUCAUUACUUGCAGCAGAUGCCUCAAUCCUACGACCCAAUGCAGAGGCCGGGAAUGGUGCCACGGCAGUCAUUCAAUACCGCGCGCACAGCACCUCAACCCGCUGUCAUCCAAGCUCCCCGCGAUCAGCAGCAAUACUCGGCGAGGCGCAGCCAGCCUCAGGGUACAUACCCUAAUCAACUCCAGAUCCAGGAUGGAGCCUAUACAAGCGAUAGUGAAUCCGAGACGGGAUCGUCUGAUGGAGAAGGAGACUAUGAGCGGGAGCCUGAGAUCGAUCCCGAGGACCCACGUGUCCGCCGUGCGCUCAUGCCCCCGCCCUCUUCGAAGCUUUCGCGGACCAAGUCCAAGUCAACGACUAAGCCCAAGACCAGGAAGGCGGAACGGCCUAUCUUGUCUCAUGCUCACACUACCACAACCGUAGAGCAAGUUCGCAGCCACCGCCAUUCGCUGUCGACUCCUCCUGUUGGCGUCGACGACCGCUCCAGCCGUCAUCGCCCUACCAAAAGCACUAACGAGGCGUCUCGCCGACAGUCCAUCAGCCGACCUCCACCCCCACCGCGCGAAACACAAACCGAAUACCCCGCACGACGUGGUUCGGUUUAUGUGGGCGAUAGCACCAAGGCUGAACGGCGUCGAUCCGCUCACUACGGACACUCUGCCCAAGAAAAAGCAUAUGCGGAGUACGCUCUUGUGAGGCAGCAGGAGACGCGCCUCGCAGCCGAAGAGCAAGCCAGACAAGAAGAAAAAGCCGCCAGACGUCAAAGGAAAGCUGAAAAGCUUCUCGAGGAUCGCUUCCAGGCUGAACAGGCUGCAAAGACCGAGCAAGAGCGCAAACGCGAGAAGCGCAACUCGAAGGUUUACUACCAGACUCCUGCAGCGUUGUUUGAUGACAGCGAGGAGGAGUACCACUCCGAUGAACCCGUCGCCCCCUUCGUUCCCGAAGCGCCAGCUCCUCCCCGCCGGCGCCGUCCUACUGAUGCGGGCGGCCGCAAAGCCAAAGAAGUUCAGGCGAUAGACUACAUUAACAACCAACGUGGCACGGAUGUUCCGUUGAACGAUCACAUCCAUCGUGCUGCAAAGAGGGCUUCGAGGGUACCUUCAAUGCCCUCUCAUUCCGGCUCCUCUGGAAGCGAUAGGCAAAGCCAGUCUAAUCGCACCGCUCUUACGAGCAACGGCAAUAAUGAGAUUCGCCUCCGAGUUGAUGCGAACGCCCCACUCAGCCUGCAGUUCAACGGCGACAUGGAGGGUCGCACUAUGCAACUCAUCCCGACCGAGGACGGCAUGGCAGAACUUGUCAUCAGUGGAAGUCGUGAUAAUGAGAGCAACUAUCACAGCAGUGAAAGAGGCAGCAACGCAGGUGACGGACAGGCACUUGUAACGCGGAGCCAGCUAGAGGAGAUGACCAAAGCAAGCAUGCGCAGCGACCGUAGAAGGCGCGAAAGCCGAACAGUACGGGAUUCUUACGAUGAUCGAAUUGUUGAGGUGCCACGACCUUUGCGUCGCCGCGCCAACACCGGUUCGCAUUAUUACAACUAA